AUGGAGGUUGUCAGUCGGGUCCUAUCAACCUUGUUGCGGGCCAUCAUUAGAAAGAAUUGGAAGACUUGGGAGGAUUGUCUACCACAUAUCGAAUUUGCCUACAACCAUUCUGUGCACUCGGCUACCAACCAUUCUCUUUUUGAAGUGGUAUAUGGUUUCAACCUUUUAACUCCUUUGGAUUUAUUGCCUUUGCCUUCUAAUCAAUUGGUGCAUGUAGAUGGAAAGAAAAAGGCUGAAUUUGUGAAACAAUUACAUCAAAGAGUUAGGGAGAAUAUUGAAAGGAGAAUCAAACAAUAUGCUUAUAAGAUGAACAAAGGACGUAAACGAGUGAUAUUCAAACUCAGUGAUUGGGUGAUGAUUUGGGGACAAAUCGCCUUGAAGAGGGGGAAUGAUGCGAUCCUAGCUAGGGAAGCUACUGUCGAUCCUGUUCAGCUGCCUUUAGGACCCAUCACUCGAUCUUAUUCCAAGAAGCUCUUUCGCGCUACAUAG